UUGAAAUUGUCAUUUGUAGUGAGAGUGAACUGUUACCCGGAUCGGAUGAAAUUUGGAUUCGUUUGUUUUUCUGAAUACUUGCAAUCAUGAAGGAGAUUUAUUCAUUAUUUAUCAUUCCAGUUGUUUUAUUUCAUUCUGUGAUUGGUGCAGAAUUGUUGUUUGACCCAGGAGAGUCCAUGCGUGAAGUGAAGACAAGGGACCUAUUUUUUGUCAACUGUUUGCUUAAUUCCUCAAUACCAAGUCCCAGCAAUUUGGAAAUCAAAUGGUUCGACAAAACAGGAGCAGAAAUCACUAGCUCAUCACCAAGUGACCAUGUAUAUGCAAUAGCGAGGGGGGGCGGCAAAGAGUUGAAUAUUGACACAGUAGAAGAUGAUGAUGGAGGAAACUACCAGUGUAAAGCUGUGGUGGAUGGCGUCGUUGCAUAUGAAAGAACUUUGUCCAUCAGGGUUGAAGCCUCCCUUACUUUCUCAAACUGUGAUGAGGAACAGUUUGGUGUUGUUGGUCGCCGGUCAAGGAUUAACUGUCAGGCAUCUGGCCCCACCGCUCCUGGGUCUGAAUGGAGGUUCAGGGAUCAAGUCCUGGGUCUAAACACUGGAUUGUACGCCUUUGAGACAACCUACCUAGUUAUACUGAACACAACGAAGGAAUCGGAAGGGAUUUAUAAGUACUAUGCUUGGGCGAAGAAUGUGAAGAAGUCCAGGGCCAUCACCUUUAAGGUUCUAGUGGCACCAGUGAUUAUCAACCCAGUACUGUCAACAACAGCAACUGUAGGCAACACCACCCAGCUCUUCUGUAUGGCGAGUGGCGACCCUCUGCCAACAUUCUCAUGGUACAAGGUUGAUGAGAAUGACAAUGCAGAGCUGCUGCAGACAACUGAUCGUAUAAAAAUCACGGAUAAGGCGGAGGGCGUAAACAAACAAGGAAUCUUGACAAUAACCGAAAUCGUGAAGGAGGAUGAGGCGAUAUAUCGAUGUGUCGCAAAAAAUCUUGCCAACGAUUAUGAGUCGAUUGAUGGUGCGCAGGCUGAGAACAAGCUGGAAGUGUACACGCCUCCUACAGUGAAGGAGUUUUCUAACCUGAUAGAGAACCGUUACCAGGGCACAGAAGGGGGCAGUGUAACUUUGACGUGUGAGGCUCGUGGCGAUCCUGCCCCUAACGUCAUCUGGAGGAAAGUUGGAACCAACCAGCAGUUUACUGUCGGUUCAAGCUCAGAGACGAUCUCUGUGACAGAGGAUACCAUUAAUGACCCGACCAACCCUGGCAUCGUGCUCAAGCUCGGCAUGAAAAAUCUGGCUGCCUUGGAUGGUGGAAUGUAUGAGUGUGAAGCGAAAAAUAAGGCUGGUGUUGCUACACGUUCUGUCAAACUGGAGGUUCUAUUUUCACCAAACUUUGACGGUCAAGAGACGGAAUAUGACCGCACCUUCUACACGUGGGCGGGGAACCCGAAUGGGGACGUUGUAUGUGUCUCCAAUGCCAACCCUGAGCCCGUGUUCCGCUGGUACCACAAUGGCCAGGAAAUUAAGCAGGGAACCACAGGUUACGGGCUCUCACAGAAGGCUAGCGAUGAUGAGAAUUACCCAUACAGGCACUACAGCACCCUCUCAGUAGCGUUUAAUGGUGGAAAUGACGAUGUUUUCGGGUCGUAUGUGUGUCAGGCUGCCAACAGGAUCAACUCCAACAAUCAGACUCUCUCACUUGUAAAAGCCACUGUCCCUCCUAAGCCCAACGUUAUAACGAAGGAGCAACUACCAACACAGAUGACUUUCUGGCUGAUGGAGCCCAGCGUUGACGGGCCCGAGGUCACACACUUUACCGUCACAUAUAAGAUCUCCGGCAGUCCAGAAGAGGCUCAAGUCAUCACUAUUGAGAAAGAAUUCAGAGAUCACAUAGAUGCGGACAGAAAAUACACGAUAAUAAUAGUGAACGACCUAUUACCAAGUAGCGAAUACACGUUUACAUUCUUUGCCAAAAACGCUGUUGGUCCUGGCGCUGGGGAGGAAAAGAGACUGGGCACUCCAGCAAUUAAGGAGCCAGCGAUGGUUAACAUCAUGAGUCCGAGCAAUAGUCAGUACCCGACAAGAAUCCGCGUUACCUGGGACGAGCCAAAUAACGGAGGAUCAGAGAUACUCUCCUACAAGGUCUCCUACCAACAGGUUGAAGUUCGACUCUCGAAUCAGACUCUUCCAACACCAGGAUACCAGUUACAACGGCCAAUCACAAAUCCCAUCACUAAGGAUGCUAUCAAGGACAAAUUCUACGACAUCCAGGAUCUAGUACCAGGUAGCUUCUAUCAGGUCAAGGUCAGCGCUACGAAUAACAAAGGAGAGGGAGUAGCGGGAACAAAGAUUAUUCUCACCAAACAAGCGGAGGUUUAUGGGGCCAGUACUGCCCAAGGUGGCCUGUCAACGGGAGCAAUCAUUGGUAUCGUCGUUGGCGUGUUUUUCCUGCUCUUUAUCCUCGUUGAUGUGACGUGCUACUUGAAGAAUCGCUGCGGAAUCCUGAUGACCAUUCGAGAAAAAGUCAGUGGAACAAGGGGAGAGGACGGGUAUUCUGCUGCCAAGACUGAUGAUGUUGAAAAUCUGGCAAAGAAAGAUGAGCUGACAGAGGAGGCUAAAGCUGUGGAAGAGGCUGAGACUGCAGACCCAGGAGAUGUCGAUGAGAAGAAGGAGCCAUUAUUGUCGGAGGAGCAAAAGGUCGACACAGUUGAUGAGGGGGAGACUCAACCAGAGAAGGUAGAACUAGAACCCGAGGACAAAGAUGAUGUUAAACCAGCCACGCCCCCUGCAGAAAGCCCUGUCCAAGAAACCACACCCACUCAGCCAAGUGAGCCCCAAGCACCUGCUGAGGAGCCCCCAGCCAGCACUGACGCCCCUGCAGUGCUGCCCACUUCAACCACACCCACCUCGGGGGAAACCUAGAGAUCCCAGGGGGUAACAGAGGGGAUGGGGGAUAAGGGGGGAAUCACCUGUGUCUCAACUGUAUAUGUACUAACAGUGUAUCUGACCACACCCUGUAUUGAAGCAGAAGUGGGGGAAGUGGUCACCCUGAUACCAGUUGAACAAUACAAACAAUGAUUCCAGCAGUGUUUAAUAAUGUUGUAACAGUUCAUUUUUGGUAAAAAAAGCAUUUGUUUAUAAAUCAUGUCUUAGUAUCUAUAAAUACAACAAUUCUGUGUUGUGAUGACCAUGGUCACAUUACUUUUAUGAAGCAGUCUUGAAACAAAAAUCAUUAAAUACAUAAGAAAUAUACAAUUUAAUUUAAUUCACUUUGGCUCAUACAUGUUGAUGUUAAGAAAUUAUGCUGUUUGACGUACUGUAUAAUUAUCAUUUCUGUUCUUUGAUGAACAAAGGUUGAUAUAUUGUCCUAGCCUUGAUGUUGUCUACAUAUAUACAUUGUGCUGUGGACUAGCGCUAUCAUUUCACAGAAGAAGAUGAAAAGAUAUUAUCAUGAGACCUUGAACACAUGUUAACAAUUUUUAAAAGCAAAUAUUUUUACAAGUCCCAUAACUCUGUGAAAAACUAUUUUUAAAGUAAUUCCCGUUAUAAGCUGAGAUAAAUGGACAUGUGUUUGGAUCAGUCAGCGAUGUUCUUGUCUGAUCGGUCAGCGAUGUUCUUGUCUGAUCGGUCAGCCAUGUUCUUGUCUGAUCGGUCAGCCAUGUUCUUGUCUGAUCGGUCAGCGAUGUUCUUGUCUGAUCUGUCAGCGAUGUUCUUGUCUGAUCGGUCAGCGAUGUUCUUGUCUGAUCGGUCAGCGAUGUUCUUGUCUGAUCGGUCUGCGAUGUUCUUGUCUGAUCGUUCAGCGAUGUUCUUGUCUGAUCGGUCAGCGAUGUUCUUGUCUGUUUGCCUUGUGGGACGUGAAAUGAACCAAGAUGCCAGUAAUGUUAUUGAGAUUAUUACAAGUAAUUGAUGAUGAUGAUGAUGAGGAUGAUGAUGUUGUUGUUGAUGAUGAGGUUUGGUCGGCAUUCAAGUGUGCAUAAUAUUUGAAAUUUUGGAAUAUGUUUUGUUUUCUCAAUUUAUUAAAAAAAAAUCCUUAUAGUAUUCAUUCACAUGAUCUUGAUGAAGUUUAUUUCGUGUCCAUUUAAUCCUCCAUUUUUCUGUUGUAAGAGUGAUAAAUAUUAAGUGACAAAUAUUAAUGCUUGAAUUAUUUUGUUGGACAAUGUUUUUCUCUCCUUUUUUUAAAACUGCUUUCAUUUAGAUGCAAACAAAAUUCCUUUUUUUUUGUUAGAGGUAUUAUUUCCUCUGGUUUUCUCAUAUAUUAAAUGGCGCCAUUGGUUUAACAUUUUUUGUAUAUAUUUUUUUAGCUAAUUUCUCAAGUCUUGUGCAGUUCAAAUAAAAGCUCACUCUGUAUUUAAUAUUAGCUUAUUACUCUUGAAUGACAGCAGAAGGUGGUUGAUAUUUAUUCUAAUGGAUAGCUGCCUAAUGAAGUGUGAAAGCUAGAUCGUCAUAAUGGUGAUCAAUAUUACUUUGUAUAAAUGUUCUUGUAAUGUAACUGCUCCUUCAAAUCUCUAGCGAUGUUGCGAUGUUGCGUGUACCGAUGUUUAAUAGUUAUUUGUUGUGGAUUAUUUUCAUGUACGUGGCAUUGUGAAUUUGUGCAUGCCACAAAUUAUGGGGGCUCAACGCAAGACAAAAGUAACUCCUUAUAAAAUAGAAGGAGUUAUAUCAUUCUUGUGCUAAGCCUUCAGUUACUAAGUUGUAUUUUCCAAUACACUUCCUAAGGGACCAAGUCCGUAAAUCUGUAGUGGCCAGUAGUCAUGGUAACCGUGUUGUCAUAGUAACAAGUAGUAUAUCCGGGGGCGAUGUGCGUAGGUGGAGUGCUCUUACCUUUGACAACAAGAUGGCAACACUGCUGUAAAAAUAAAAUGCAGAGACCAGCAGUUAAGAAUCUCAGUGACAGACAUACUUAUUUAACAAAUUAAACACUAAAAGGUGAAACCAACCCUCCACAAAUUUGACAUGAUCAUUUAAAUGAUUUUAGAUAAAACAUAUCUAUGCAAUGUUCUUUUGCAAAAAAAGCAUUUCCUUGUGGCAGCUUGAAUCUCGACAAAUGCAUGCUUAAUAUAACCUAUUUUUACAUAACGAUUUGUUAGAUUGCAUGGCAGAGCAGACCACCUAGGUUACUCCCCUUACACACACACACACACACAUACACACAUACACACACCACAUAUUUACACCUGCUUGCUGUUGCAUUUUAAUGUUCCAUUAAUAAAAGUAUUAUGCCAUAAUCUUUGGUCAAGUGACAAUUCCUGUCUCUACCUAACUACCUAAUCAAACUAUUGGUUACUUUUUUACACUAUUUCCAGUCAAAACAUAUGUGUUUGCAUAGGAAGAAGUUUAAAAAGUAAAUUUAGCUUUUACCUGAUGCGAAGGUUAUACUUACUUAAACCAUACCAUACCUUUCAAGAUACUGAAGGUAUGCACAGUGACAAAGCAGAAAUGUCUGAAAAGUUGCCUAUUGGUGCAUAUUUUCUCAAGCAUAAUAUUAUCACUAAAAAAAUACUUUAUUGUUCAUGUAUAUCAAUAAAAUACAGAAAUAAUGUAUAUUAAAAAAGAAUAUUUUGCAAUAAAAUCGACUUUGGCAGCAUUUUGAUGCCAUCAGUUUUAAUCUUCCUAUUUGUAACAUGUGCAAUUACAAUGUUUUCAAAAACCUAUGUAUCAAUCAUCCUAUCCUGUUCAUCAUUUCAUUAAUUAUAUGUAAAAUCAUGUGUAUAGAAACAAAGUUGUUGUUAGUUCUUUAAAAUUUGUAUCACAACACUCAAUAUGAGACAUACAUAUAAUAGUAAAACUUCAACCAGUCGUACCUUGGAUCAAAAAGUCUCUGUCCAUACAUGUAUUAUUUAAGUUAAUAAACAAUAUGUUCUGUUUUUAAAGCUUGAUGUCUAAAGUCUACCUUUAUUCCAACCUGCUUAUUUUCUGACUUAUUAAAAAAUAGAGGGGUUUUUCAAUGUCUUUUAUGAGAUAUUUAAGAGAUAUAUCUUAUAUAUUAUAUGAAGUUGAUUAAUCUGCAAUGUACAGUCUUCAAGCUUUCCUUACAAUUAUUGGCAAACAUAGAUUCUUUUAUGAAAUUAUUGCUUAUACUCAGUAUUCCAAAUUAUUGUAUUCAUAAUGCAGCUAAAAACAUAUGUAUCUUCAUAUAUUAUUAUAACCACCAAAUUGUUGGUUUAAAAUAUUUGAAAUACAGCAUGUUUAAUCUAGACAGUUUUUUUUACUAUUUUGUAAUAUUACAGAAACAUAUAUAGGGCUUAGAAAUAUUUAUUUUUCAUACAUAACAACCAAAAGUGAGGAAAGUAGAUUCUUGUUAUAAUUGUAUUUAUUUAUUUAAAAAUCUCAGGCAUGCCUAGUUAUGUUUUAUCUGUUAUUUGGGAUGUAAAAUAUUUCUUGGGUAAAGUUUAUACAUUCUCAUUCAUCAGGGGUUUUGAUCGUGAUAAAUCUAGCAUCAUCACUCUGGUGAACGAGAAUGAGUUUAUAUGAAGCAGUUGUCUUUACAGCCAUUAUAAGCCAUACUUAAGCAGGGUACACAAAUCUAGCCUGGUAUUCUUUCGUUCACCUUAGCUACCUGAUUGAUUUUCUACCUCUCUUCUUUAAAAAAAUGCCUUCUAUAUUUUAUAUUUAAUAGAGAGUUAGAAAUUUUAAAAAGUGUUUGCUUUCUUUUAAAAAGUGUUUGCUUUCUUUUUUCAUUUUGCAUAUCCAUGUAUAAGGUAUGGAAGUGUUUUGUCGUUUUUGUGCAAUAACUCAAUAACUGAUGUAUAAAAAUAGAAGCAGAUAUUGAGUUCUUGUAUUGAGGUGACAUUAUAUCAUAUAUAUGAUGACUGGUCAUGUAGUCUUGUCAACUGUUAUGUUUACUUGAUGAGUUAUUGCACAUCAAGGUGGCACAGUUUUGUCCGCUUUUCAACUUAUAAAUAGGGCAUGACAACUUAUUAUUUAUUUACACAACUAAUUGAGCCUGCUAUAUUCCCACUAACAAAGUUGAAAUAAAUGUUGAACACUAUUUGUCAGACAAAACAUUCUUCAACAAACCCGGUUAAUAAAUGAACAUAUCAACAUAAUUUUAACAACAUUUUGUGCUAAAUCUCAUCAGACAAACAAGUCCACAAGACAACACAAUCACAUAUUGUAUAUACCAUAUACGCUUCCAUACGUAGGAUACAAAUAAAGCCUUUAUAUAUAUGUGAGAACGAUGUUCCUGAAAAAAGUGGUAAAGCCACAGAUUUGCUUGUAUUCUUUGAAGUCAAUGUUAUAGAGUUAGUUUGGGCAUACACAUUUGAUAUAAAUUAUAAAAUAAUAUAAUAUAUUUUAAUAUAUAGCAUAUUCAGUAAGUAAAAUAUAUUUCCAUUCUGAACGGUUGAUUUUACAUGUGCACAUCCUAGUCUCAUAUAUUUAGAAAGAUAUGAUAAAUUAAAUAACAUUAUAAAAAUCCAAUUCAAAUAUACCUGAAUCAGUAUUUUGUUAAUUUUCAUUUUUAAAGUUUUAUUCCGCAUUCAUUUUCUCAUUUUAUAUACAUGUAAUUAUUUCCCCUCUAAGAAAUUCAUGUUAUUUUUGUUGUAAUUGUCUUUGUAAUAAAAUGGCUACAUCAAUGCACAUAUGUUUACAGCUUUUUGUACAGUUUUACUCAGUGUUGUGAAGUGUUAUGUUGUGUUGCAUCAUUUGUAAAUAUAUGUGUUCAAUUUUAUUGAAACUAGUCUGACUCGCACUGUCUCAUACCAGAUUCAUAUUUUGCUGUGAAAAAAAAACACUAUCAAGUAUUGCUAAUUGUAUCAUGCUACUAGUAUCCAUUAAGACAGCACCAUACCAGCCAUGAAGGUUUUCAACAGCUUUGAAGGUUUUUAAUUCGACGUUGUUGCUAUUUUUAUGAAUCUCUUUGUCACGUGACUGGUCUUUGUGCUUGCCGUCUGCAGUAUCCGAGUGUAACUUUUUCAUAUUAUGUAUAUGCUUAAUAAAAAAUAUAACAGAU